CUCGACCCCGCCGCCCCGCCGCCCGCCCGCGCGGUGCUCGACUCCACCAACGCCGACGGCAUCAGCGCCCUGCACCAGGCCUGCAUCGAUGAGAACCUGGAGGUGGUGCACUUCCUGGUGGAGCAGGGCGCCACGGUGAACCAGGCGGACAACGAGGGCUGGACGCCCCUGCACGUGGCUGCCUCCUGUGGGUACUUGGACAUCGCCAGGUACCUCCUGAGCCAUGGGGCUGACAUUGCCGCAGUUAACAGCGAUGGGGACCUGCCCCUGGACUUGGCCGAGUCGGACGCCAUGGAGGGGCUGCUGAAGGCGGAGAUCGCCUACCGAGGCGUGGACGUGGAGGCGGCCAAGCGGGCCGAGGAGGAGCUGCUCCUUCACGACACAAGAUGCUGGCUGAGCGGGGGCGCCAUGCCCGAGGCCCGGCACCCCCGCACGGGGGCCUCUGCCCUGCACGUGGCUGCCGCGAAGGGCUACAUCGAGGUGAUGAGGCUGCUCCUUCAGGCCGGCUACGACCCAGAGCUCCGGGACGGGGACGGCUGGACCCCCCUGCACGCCGCGGCCCAUUGGGGCGUGGAGGAUGCCUGCCGCCUGCUGGCCGAGCACGGUGGGGGCAUGGACUCGCUGACCCACGCGGGCCAACGUCCCUGCGACCUGGCGGACGAAGAGGUGCUGAGUCUGCUGGAGGAGCUGGCCCGGAAGCAGGAGGAUGUAAGUCUGGGGGCUCCCUCCCUCCUGUCAGCUCCCUGGCUCCCCAGGCCCCCUUGCUGGGGGACCUGCUCCUGGGCCAGGCCUUGUUGCUGGAAAAAUGCUCUGGGCUCUGAAUCCCGGCUCUGGCGUUGGGACCUUUCACUCAGGUCCUACCAGAUGCCGGUGCGGGAUGAGGAGUCUGAAUCUCAGCGGAAAGCUCGCUCUCGGCUCAUGCGUCAGUCCCGGAGGUCCACACAGGGUGUGACUCUGACCGACCUGAAGGAAGCAGAGAAGGCAGCAGGGAAGGCCCCAGAGCCAGAGAAAUCGUGCCUGGACGCUUGGAGGCCCCGAGUGCCGGGUGUGGAGAACUCUGAUGGCCCCGCCCUGAGAGCAGAGGCGCCUGACGGGCAGGGUCAGGGACCACAGGCCGCCAGGGAGCACCGCAAAGUCGGCAAAGAGUGGAGGGGGCCUGCGGAGGGGGAGGAGGCGGAGCCGGCCGGCCGCAGCCCAGAGUCCAGCACUUCAGAGGGCGGCCCCUCACCUCGCCGGCAGCGGCAGCGCGACUCCCAGCCCGAAUCGGACGAGCCCGACGGAGGCUUCAGGAAGCUGUACGCAGAGCUGCGCGGGGAGAACGAGCGGCUGCGCGAGGCCCUGACCGAGACCACGCUCCGCCUGGCGCAGCUCAAGGUGGAGCUGGAGCGCGCCACGCAGAGGCAGGAGCGCUUUGCAGAGAGGCCCGCCCUUCUGGAGCUGGAGAGAUUCGAGCGCAGGGCCCUGGAGCGGAAAGCGGCCGAGCUGGAGGAGGAGCUGAAGGCCCUGUCGGACCUCCGGGCUGACAACCAGAGGCUCAAGGAUGAGAACGCAGCCCUGAUUCGCGUCAUCAGCAAACUUUCUAAGUGACUCUGGAGGAGGACCGUCCCCGUAUUUAUACAGCUGCUUCUGCCACAUGCACCCCUUCCCCUGUGUGAGCACGAGUGACAGGGCUCCCAGGGGGUCUCUCAGAAGCCAUAGCCUCCCUUCAGGGCCUCCCGCCUGGGAGGGGAGCACAGAGUUCCCAGGAGCCGGCCCCGCCCCCAGGCCCGUCCAGGUAGGGGGGACGUUGUGGAGGGGGGGGCCCCAGACUGGAGGCGGGACCAGGGAGGAACCAUGGACCAGAAAGUGCCAGGGACCAGUAGCCAGGACCAGAGUGGCCACCCGGAGGUCCCCCUCCUCACGUGUGAUGUCACCCCAGUCACCCCUCCCGCCCCAACAGGGAUCCGAGAAUGUGCCAAGAGUCCCGCCAGCCUGGGCCGGGCGGGCCUGGACGUAGGGCCCGUGUGCAAUACGGAGGGAGGUCUCUAUUUUUUGCUGCCCCCUCCCCGCCCACCGUCGGGGCAGGGGGAGAAGGUAUUUUCGAGACAAAGCACAGGCACCACAAAUAAAAGUCGUGAAGUUGCCACUCA